UCCCGGACGAGUGAUGGAGAGUCCACGACUCUCGAGGACGAGCAGUUUGACGAUGAGGAGCCGCCCUACGUCCCGCCAGCCUUCGAGAUCGUCGAUCCCGCCAUUCCCAUGGUCGAGCCGGAGCCAGCGAUGACCACGACUGAGGUGCCACAGGCGUCUCAUCCGUGGACCGUUCCGCCGUUUAACGUCGUUGAGCGGCCCAAGCCUGUUAUCCACAAAGUGAGGGCUGCGAUCAAGAUCACGCUUUCUGUGGCCGUCGUCUUGUCGCUGCUUGUCGGUUACGGCUUGAAAGUCAAGAUUAUCACUUUCGGACGGUUCUCCUUCGGAAUGUACGCCUCGAACAUGACCAAAGGCGUACAGCAGCUCAAGGAUAAAGCGGAAGGCAAGGACAUCCAAGGCGAGGAACUCAAGUUGCCUGAAGUUAGUAUCGCUGUCGUCGGAUAUCGCGAGGAUGAAGAGGCUUGGAUUGCAUGCUUGAAGAGUCUUCAAGCUCAAGAAUUUCCUAUCAAGCACAUCAUUGGUGUCGUGGACGGUAACGACCCUGCUGACUUAGACAUGGCGGACGCGUUCGGCAAGGCCUUCCCUGAGGACCAGCGCCUCAUCGUCCACUUGCCAGUCUUGCUUUCCGUCAUGUACAAGGAGAAAUAUUGGGAAGCCAUCAAGACCCUCGGUUAUGCCAACCCGACCCGUUGGCAAUACUUCAAAAUGUGGUUUACGCAGGCGCCUCGCCCCGGCCAGGAAGUCGCCCAUGAGGUCGCUUGGAGUCACGUAUUGGACUACCUCUAUACCCGAUCUACUAUCGAGAACUGGUCGCAGUACAAGGGCAUAUGCUUCUCUCAGCCCCACGGCCACAAACGACACGCGAUGUUCACCUCCUUCAUGGUCGGCGCUUACGCGUUGGGGACCAAAGAUGCCAUGCUCACUACGGACAGCGACACUUACGUGUACCCGAACGCCGUCACGAACCUGAUGAGUCUUUUGAUGAGCAGCGAGAAGAUGGCAGGCGUUACCGGUGACGUGCGCAUUUGGAACAAGAAGGACUCUUUCCUCGCGCUCAUGUCUUCGUUGCGGUACUGGUUUGCUUUUAAUGUCGAGCGGGCCUGUCAAAGUGCUUUCGGUUGCGUCGGGUGUCUGUCCGGCCCACUCGGGUUGUACCGCACCAGCGACCUCAUGUCCGUCCUGGGGCCCUGGAUCCUGCAGUCUUUCUUAGGCAAGGAGACGACUUUCGGCGACGAUCGUCACUUGAGCAACCGAAUCCUGUCCCUUGGCCAUAAGACAGGCUACACUCACCUGGCAAUGUGCGACAGUGACACUCCUGCUGGUUACGUCCGAUGGGUCAAGCAACAAACUCGCUGGUCCAAGAGUUUCUUCCGCGAGGCGUUCUGGUUCCCCAAGAGUUUCGCUUACCAUGAUGCAUGGUUGACGGUGGAGACUACCAAGCAGUUCUUGUAUCCCAUGAUUCUGACGGCGACAGUCAUCCAAAUGUUCUAUCGCCCAUCAUACUGGACACGUCCUGUGAUCUGGCUGUCGACGAUGUUUGGCGUUGCGCUUAUCAAGUCCGUCUACGGUGUCAUUUGUAUGCGCGACCCUAUGCAUUUCUUAUUCGGAGUCUACGGCUUUAUGUACUUCUUUGGUCUCCUCCCGUCGAAGCUAUUCGCCUGCUUUACCGUCGGCAUCACGACAUGGGGUACAUCAGCGCGGUCGAAGUCGGAAUUUGCUAGGCCAGAGAGUCUGUACUCUCGUACCACCCACAUUGGACACUUGGUGACGUGGUACAUGGCUCUUUCCUUCGGCCUCGGUUAUUUCAUGGCCUCCACUUUUCACAACCCCAUAUUUUGGUCUUUGGGCGCAAUCGGGAUCCUCCCCACCUACCAGCUUUACCAUGACGUCAUCGUCGGCGAGUCCAAGUACUGGUUCUUCGUGUAUAGGAAGAGGUAUCGUGCUCGUCGUGCGAAGGUGGCGGACGUGGAGAAGGUCAGC